AUGGUGUGUGAUGCAUGCCAAAAGAAGCUCACCAAGAUUGUUGGGAUCGAUCCAUAUCGUAAUAAAGCCCAUAACAAACUCAGUGGAGUCCAGAAGAGACCCCCAGCUAAUCAGAAUAAGCUGCUUGGGAGUGAGAAGAAAGCAACUGUGAUGAAUGUGAAGUGCAAGAUCUGCAAAUGUGCUGUCCAUCAAGUGGGUUCACAUUAUUGUCAGACUUGUGCCUAUCAAAAGGGAAUCUGCGCGAUGUGCGGUAAGAGAAUUAUCAGUACGACGGGCCUACGGCAAAGUACUGUCUAA